GCUCCCAUUUAGCACCAGCUCUGAACAGAACGACAUAUUAGCCUAGUGUCCUUAUGUUCUCAUCUACUGCAUUUUGUUUUCCUCAAGGAAUCUUUUCCAGAUCUUGAAUUAACCCUUGGGUACAAGCUGACUUUCCAAGAUGUCCUGAUGUAAGCAAUUAGGAAAGAGAUACUAUGAUCUGUUCUAAGGUCUAUAGGGCAUAAGGAAAAAUGCUACUCCUAUAUUCAUUAAGAUAUCUAUAAAAUUCUGAAAGGUUUAGUCUGCAUUUAAAGGUUUGUUGGCAUAUCUGUGUUACUUAGCAUGGGUCAAAAAAAAUUAUACUUGUAAGUGGCAUAGCUCUCAAGGCAUACCCUUACUACACAAGCAAUAAAAUUCUCUUAUUAGUAAAGUUUAUGUAUUUCAUUUAGCGUUUAGCUGUACCAGUAAAUUCUCUAAAACAAACAAUGUCUAAACCCCAUAUUUGUGUAGAAGUGGCUACUACUUCCUGAGUCUUUGGUAUCUGGAUGUCUAAUCUUCCUAUGGAAAAGGAAACUACAUUUGAAAAGGCACAAAUGCAGUCAGCUGCUGUUGGGAGACACUGAUACCCUUACGUUCUUGGUUCCAACAGAUCUUUUGAUUUGUAGAGAAAGUGAUUAUCAACAAACACUUAAACUGCCAAGUCAAGAUAAUUCCACUAACUAGUCCUAAAAUAAUUAAGUAUACGUUGAUAUGGGAUGACUAAAGGCAGAUAAAACAGGAAAACAGGUGAUAUUCACCAGCAAAGCGUUAAGGACUUUUUCCUAAAACAAAUCAAAUUUCAUUUUUUGUGGCCACAGUUUAAUUGCCAGAGGUAACAGCAACAGCCAGAAUGUACCUGGGUUUUCAUGAAGUAUUUCAACUCACUUGCACAAGGCUGCGUAGUUAAAAGAAUCCACUGGACAAUAUUAACAUAUUUGUGUAUCACAGAAAUUAACAAAUGCGUCACUGCCAAACCUCAAACAGCAGCUUUCAAAGGAAUUGCCACUAAAUGGAACUGUUCAUUGUAAAGUUUCUGCAAAGCUGACACUUGGCCUGACACUAUUUGACAUCUUUAUAUAUGAACUGGAAUCCUGUAUAUAACAAGCCCACAGCAUUUGCAGAAGACAGUGAGAGGUAUUUAUAUAGUUCAUUUGAUCUAGCUGCACUUUAUGUAAUCAAAAUUCAUUUUAAGGUAGACAGAUGCAGAACUUAGUACUUGGGCACAUGGAAUUGAGGCUGCUGCUACUGAGUAGAUGACUACAGCCUUGAAAUCCAUAACUCUUAAAACAAUUCUGGUGGGUAUCAUGGGUAUCACAGCGUAGUAUUAGCAUUCAUGGUGAUGCUAUGUAUAGAGGACUAAUGCAGGCUUUGGAAAGAUACACCCCUGGGUAGUGAACCACAUCAGGAAAAGAGAUUUUAUAUCUGCAUGUGGCACUGGUAGACUGCCACUAGAAAACUAUAUAUAGCCCUAGUGUUCACCUUUUGCAAAAAAACAUUUGAAUCCUGAAAGAGACAUGAAAGAGAAACAAAGACAGUUAGAGAAAAUGUCUGAUAAUAUGGCUAAAAAGCACAAUCUGUUUAUUUUAUCAGAAAGCAAACUGAGAAGUAACUUGAUUACACUGUACAAGUACUUUAACAGAGAGAAAAUGCCAGUGCUAUGGGGCUCCUUCAGCCAGCCAGAAAGUUACAGGAACUUCGGUCUAGAAAUGAAGCCAGGCACAAUGAAAUAAUAAAUGAGGCACCAUGUUUUUUUUAAGUGUAAGUGAUAAUCUUCUAGAGAAAUGCUACAAAAAUUGAAGAAAUCUUCAGUUCUUUGAUAUCUUCAGGUAAUUCCUGGAGACUCUUAGAAAGUUACAUUUUGAACAAACACAAGUAAUUGGGCUCUGCACACUGGUGGGAAGCACAAAGGCCUUGAGUAAAACAUAGCAGACUUUCUGACUUUACACCACAGGAACAUAAUUAACCAGGAUCUUGGUUCCCAGUUGUCACUUAACAGACAUGUGAGUAUUUGAGAAGUCUGGGAUCACUUUAAACACUGUGUAUGAACUGCUAAAAAACUAGAGAAAAAUAGCAAAAUCUUUUCUGCUUCUUUGCAAUUAGAUUUUUUAAACGUAAAAGCUCAUAAUACUAUUCAGACUUUAUGGAUCGUGUACAGUAUGGAUUGCAUUGUUCUUAGAAAAAAUGAUACAUUAAUAGUACAGCUAAAAUACUUACGCAUCAUUAGAUUAAAUCAUAAUGCAUUAAGAUAGCGAGUGAUAUUUUUGUCUAUAAAUAAACUAGGUUUAUCUCUUCUGUAUCAUGAGAAAUUCUGUCACCAGUGUUGUAUUUUUGCUUUGACCCAUUCUUCUCAUAAAUAACAGUAUUUUCAUAGAUAAUCUUCUGUAUCUGCACAGAGAGCUUUUACUUUCUGUGUGGCCUUAGAAGGCCCAGUUCCACCUUCAUUUUGAGGUCACUGAAAUAAUGAGUGGUUGUUCUUGGACUGGAUUGACGAUCAAAAAAUCUAAGAAAUGUAUUACAUAAGAUACUAGAAGAACAAGACUGAAUUUCUAUCCACCAAAGCAUUCAAACUAAAAAUGGACAAGCCUGCAAACAACAUGAAGCAAACUUGACACAAAACAGAUAUUUCACUGUGUACAAACAAUAGUUCUUCACUGAUAAAAGUAGUUUUAAGGUUGUUUGUAUUGUCAUGAAAUCACAUCUUGCAGAAUCACAGGUCUCUCUCAAAUGAUCAGGUAUUUUUUGACUACAUGAGAAGGGACUGUAAUAAAGAUUUCUGAGAUGUUAUUUACUAAUAGCUAAUAGAGUAACUUUGUUCUAGAUCUCUGUUUUAUAGUCUUGAUGAAAACAGUUUAAUCUUCUGCGUCCCUAAGAGAGCUUCUCUUUGUUGGCAAGGAAAUGAGAGAAGAGUGUAAUUAAGCCAUGAUGACCCUAAAAUGAAAUGUGGAUUCUCUACAAUAUACAAUGUCCUUCCCACCAGCCACAUGUGUUUGUCAGAUGUUUAUAGAAUCUUCAUUAACUAAGAGCUUUGCUAGAUAACAGAAGCUGAAGCAUGGCAUCAAUGACUCUGAUAAGGGCAAGUGUACAACCAAUCUGCUUGACAACUGACAAGAGGCUGGGGUUUGAAGCAGACUGCAAAAAGAGCACAAGAAAGUGAUUUGCAAAGGACAUUCCAGUUGUUUGCCUUCCACCUCCUUUCCCCUCUCUGUAAUGAAACAAGAUUUUUAAUCAGCUAAAAUACCCUUGUCCUCUUGUCUCUCCAUCAGAAAGUAAAUAUAAAAGAAAUGCAUUAUUUUGGAGUAUUAGCUGCACUGUCUGUUUUCAACAUCAUUGCCUGUUUGACAAGAGGCAAGCCUUUGGAGGACUGGGACAAGUUAUCAGCUAUGGGAAAGUCUGAUGCACGCUUUCAUGAUCCUGGGGAAGUGGAAGAUGAGACUCAUUUCGACUUUAAAUCUUUGCUGGAGAAUAUGAAGACAGAUUUACUAAGGAGUUUGAAUAUGUCAAGAGUCCCUUCACAAGUGAAGACCAAAGAAGAACCACCACAGUUCAUGAUUGAUUUAUACAAUAGAUAUGCUGCAGACAAGUCCUCCAUUCCCUCAUCCAAUAUUGUAAGGAGCUUCAGCACUGAAGAUGUUGUUUCUUUAGCUUCACCAGAAGAAAAUCCAUUUCAGAAACACAUCUUGCUCUUCAACAUCUCUAUUCCACGAUAUGAGGAAAUCACGAGAGCUGAACUGAGAAUUUAUAUCUCCUGCCACAGAGAAGCCGGGUCUCUCUCCAGGCUGGAAGGCAACAUGGUCAUUUAUGAUAUUCUAGAUAGUGACCACUGGAAAAAUCCAGAAAGUACCAAAUCUUUCCUUGUCUCCCACAAUAUCCAGGAGUGUGGUUGGGAGAUGUUUGAAGUCUCCAGAGCUGUGAAAAGAUGGGUCAGAGCAGACAAACUGAAGACUAAAAACAAACUGGAGGUUGUUAUAAAGAGCAAGGCUCUGGGUGGUUUCACUUGUGGGAAGCUGGAUAUCAGUGUUACCCCUGACACUAAAAAUCUGCCGCUAUUAAUAGUGUUCUCCAAUGACCGCAGCAAUGGGACAAAAGAGACCAAAGUGGAACUCCGGGACAUGAUUGUUCAUGAACAAGAAAGUGUGCUAAAGAAAUUAGGAAAGAACAACACUUCAUCUGAAGAGGAAGAACAGGGAGAGGAAAAGGCCAUCCCUGGACCCCACCAGCAUUCCUCCAGAAGCAAGAGAAGCAUCAGUGCCAACCACUGCCGGAGAACUUCCCUCCAUGUGAACUUCGAAGAGAUUGGCUGGGAUUCCUGGAUCAUUGCUCCAAAAGAUUAUGAAGCUUUUGAGUGUAAAGGAGGUUGCUUCUUCCCUCUGACAGAUAACGUUACCCCAACAAAACAUGCUAUUGUCCAAACUCUCGUCCAUCUUCAAAACCCAAAGAAAGCUUCCAAGGCCUGUUGUGUUCCAACUAAAUUGGAUUCAAUCUCCAUUCUUUACAAGGAUGAUGCUGGUGUGCCCACUUUGAUAUAUAACUAUGAAGGGAUGAAAGUGGCAGAAUGUGGCUGCAGGUAGUAUACAAGAAGCUCCAAGAAUAAGAACACCCCCUUUUUCUGCUCUGUGUAAAUCUGUACAUUAGUGAUACAAAUCAAAAUCCUUGCAAACAAGGUUUGGAGCAGGGUAUGAGGCUGGUUGUUGUUGUUGCUGCUUGCUUUAAAGGAAAACUGUCAUUUAAAGAAUGGCAAUCAUUGUAAAUAGUCUGCACUAUAUAUCAUGGCAAAGUAAAUACUGGAUUAAAAUAUUGUGAAAUU